ACCCAACUUUCUCCUAUUAAUAUGCUUCUAUCUUCUCUUCUCUUCCUACUUCUAACCUUCUCUUCUUCCACACACAUAAAUACACACACGCUUCAGAUAAUAUAGAAGAAGAACAAGAACAAGAAAAUAAUGGAUCAAGAAAAGUCUCCCUCUUGCUGCUGCGUUCUUGAUGCUUCUACUUAUGUAGGUUUCUGGAUUCUCAAGAAGUUGCUUAGCAGAGGAUACUCUGUUCACGCAGCUAUUCGUAGAAACGGGGAGAGUGAAAUUGAAGAGACAAUCAGAGAGAUGGAAGCAACGGAGGAGAGAUUAGUGGUGUACGAUGUUGAUGUGUUGGACUAUCAAAGCAUACUUGUCUCUCUCAAGACAUGUAACGCUGUCUUCUGCUGCUUAGAUAGCCCUGAAGGAUACGAUGAGAAGGAGGUUGAUUUGGAGGUGAGAGGAGCUAUCAAUGUGGUGGAGGCAUGUGGAAGAACAGAGAGCAUAGAGAAGAUUGUCUUCUCUUCUUCUUUAACAGCUUCUAUUUGGAGAGACAACAUUGGAACUCAGAAGGAUGUUGAUGAGAAGUGUUGGAGUGAUCAAGACUUCUGUCGCAGCAAGAAGCUGUGGCACGCAUUGGCAAAGAUGUUGUCCGAGAAAGCAGCUUGGGCACUAGCCAUGGACCGUAGGCUCAACAUGGUUUCUAUCAAUCCUGGUCUUAUCGUCGGACCGUCGGUUGCACAACAUAACCCUAGGCCCACCAUGUCCUACCUCAAAGGAGCUGCACAAAUGUAUGAGAAUGGAGUGUUGGCAUAUGUAGAUGUGAAAUUCUUAGCGGAUGUUCAUAUUAGAGCAUUCGAGGAUGUUUCAGCAUGUGGUCGAUAUUUCUGCUUCAACCAAAUCGUCAACACAGAAGAAGAAGCUCUCAAGCUUGUCCAGAGUUUGUCUCCUUUGAUACCUAUGCCACCGAGGUAUGAGAGUGUAAUGCAAGGAAGCGAAGUUUACGAAGAAAGAUUGAGGAACAAUAAAUUGAGCAAGCUGGUGGAAGCUGGCUCUGCUUGUUAAACAAAUAUUAAAAUUAUUAAAAUUGAAAAUGAGGAGCUUAUACAAGAAAGGGUUAUAGUUUGUUUAUUAAGCUUCUCUCAAUUCAUACUUCAUGGUAGCAUGUGUUCUCGUGAACUAUUUAUUUAUAAAAUAUCAUAUUGUCAUGUGAUAUAUAUAUUAGUAUACGAGUGAUGGGUAGAGGUUUUAUAUAUUUUCCGGGAGCACACAAUGUCAAUGCUUUCUACAAUUUAUUUAUUUAUUUUA